AUUAGACCUGAAAUGAGAGAGACUACUGGAAAGCUAAGGAUUUCUGUGAAAGAAAGUCACAAAGAAAGCUUCAUGUGUGAUGGUCCCUGUGACUUCACUGGGAGAAAAAUCUGUGCUGUAUUUCACAGAAUCCACAGAGGAAAGAAAUCUUAUAAUUGUCAUCAUUGUGGGAAAGACAUGAAUCAACAGUCGUCCCUGAUUUGCCAAGAAAAAAUUCAUACUGGAGAAAAACCAUAUGAGUGUCACGAAUGUGCUGAACCUUUCAGUGAACACUCAUCCUUCAUUAUUCAUCACAGUGUUCACAGCGGCAAGAAACCUUAUGAAUGUAAUCAGAGUGGAAAGGCUUGGAGUUACAGCUCUAGUCUUGCUGUACAUCAGAGCAUCUGCACUGGACAGAAACCAUAUGAAUGUGAUAAAUAUGGAAAGGCAUUCACACAGAGCUUGAACCUUACUCAACAUCAGAAAAUCCACAAUGGUGAGAAACUUUUUGGAUGUAAUCAUUGUGGAAAAGCUUUCAGAUGUAAAAGCCAUCUUGCCAUACAUCAGAGAAUCCACAGUGGGGAGAAACCUUAUGAAUGUAUUCAUUGUAGAAAGGCUUUCAGAUACAACUCCCAUCUUGUUGCACAUCAGAGAAUCCACAAUGGGCAGAAACCUUAUGAAUGUAAGCAGUGUGGAAAGGCUUUCACACAGAUCUCCGGUCUUGCUAAUCACCAGAGAAUCCACACUGGGGAGAAACCGUAUGAAUGUAAUGAAUGUGGAAAGGCUUUCAUAGCGAGCUCCGAUCUUGCUAAGCACCAGAGAAUCCACACUGGAGAGAAACCUUAUGAAUGUAAUCAAUGCGGAAAGGCUUUCACACUGAGCUUCGCUCUUGCUCAACAUCAGAGAAUCCACAAUGGGCAGAAACCUUAUGAAUGUAAGCAGUGUGGAAGGGCUUUCAGACAGUUCCCCAGUCUUGCUGUACAUCAGAGAAUUCACACUGGGGAGAAACCGUAUGAAUGUAGUGAAUGUGGAAAGGCUUUCAUAGCGAGCUCCAAUCUUGCUAAGCACCAGAGAAUCCACACUGGGGAGAAACCGCAUGAAUGUAAUGAAUGUGGAAAGGCUUUCAUAGCGAGCCCCGAUCUUGCUAAGCACCAGAGAAUCCACACUGGAGAGAAACCAUAUGAAUGUAAUCAAUGUGGAAAGGGUUUCAGACAACACUCUGGUCUUAUUACACAUCAGAGAAUCCAUACUGGGGAGAAACCUUAUGAAUGUAGUCAAUGUGGAAAAGCUUUCAAUUCUAGCUCCAAUCUUGCUGUCCAUGAGAGAAUCCACACUGGAGAGAAACCUUAUGAAUGUAUUCAUUGUAGAAAGACUUUUAGAAAAAACUCCCAUCUUGUUCAACAUCAGAGAAUCCACGAUGGGCAGAAACCUUAUGAAUGAAAGCGGUAUGGAAAGGCUCUCACACAGAUCUCCACUCUUGCUGUACAUCAGAGAAUCCACAAUGGGCAGAAACCUUAUGAAUGAAAGCGGUAUGGAAAGGCUUUGACACGGAUCUCCACUCUUGCUAAGUACCAGAGAAUCCACACAAGACAUAUAAUUUCUGGAUUUAAUUAAUUAUUGCUAGUGAAGAAUAAAAGAAUGGUUGUUUAACUAUCUCCUGUCAACUGAAGAGGAAUCAUGGAGGCCUGUCAAUACUUACAUGCCCUUAGAUAAGUGGGUAUAACCAACAGGAAUAAAAUAAUUCUGAUCAGUUAAAACCUAAUGAGAAUGAGUAUUAUAAUGAGCGGUGGGCAUUCUACUGAGUGGCUGGGGGAUAUGACUCAUGACUCUUAUCUUGCACAGAGAGACUGAUCUCUAUCUAGAUCUGUCCAAAUAAAACACAAUGGGCCUGAAA